AUGACCUCUGGUGCUCAACAUUACUUUGUUGCUGUUGAAAUUAUAAUUCUUAAAAUUUUUACUUUUUUCGAGUUCGGGAUCAACGAAUUUUCAAGCAUUGUCAAACUAUCAAUGACCCCUCAAUAUCCGGACGGAAACCAAUCAAUAUUUGAUCUGAAUAGAUAUAAAUUCAAUUGCCAAACAUGUGGGCCAAGAAUUUUCCAAGAAAAUAUUUGUUUCUACAAUAUAAAUAGUUCCACCCCCGCAAUAUUUUCAUCUUGCGUCACAGCGUUUUGUAAGUUGAUCGGUUACAUUCUGAGAAAAAAAGUUGUUAAAGUCAGCAACCAAAGAUUUGAUAAAGAAUUGCAAACAUAA